AUGGCUUUGUCUACGAUGAACAAGCCCGGGCCGUUUAGACGGUUGUUGGGUUAUGGUCUGCUGCUUGGCGCCGUUGUGCUCGAAGCGGCAUUUGACCUCAGCGCUCCUGCGGAGGCUGUGGCGCUCCGAAGACUAGACCAAAAGGAAACUGUCCAGGCUUUAGUGGAACAGCACAGGUUUUCUAACGAUUACGAUCAGGAGGCCGAGUACAGAAGGCGCCGCCAGGAACUGGGAAGUCAGACUCCAGAAGAGAUCGAGGAAGCAAAACGCAAGUACCGCAAGCAGGUGCUUAAGGAACAACAAGAAGAUGAGGAAUUGAAAAAAAAGACAGAUGCGGUCAUUGAAGAGCUGAAAAAGACAGCAGAAGAGAGAGGACUUCGUCGGUACGCCGAGCGUGAUGAAGAUCGCACUGACGACCAGCAGAUGGAUUUUGAGACACGGCAGCGGGAACUCAGAAACAUGGAUUCAGCAACAAAAGCGCAGCUUUUGAAGCAGAGACAGAAAGAAAAUGAAGAGAGGAACCGCGUGAAGCGAAACAGCGAUGACGUCAUGGCGGAGCUCAAGCAGAAACUCGCGGCCCGCAAGAAGGCAAUGUAG